AACACCGCACCAGUUAGAUCAUCCAAGUGUAUCCUGGAGACGAUACUUGAUGCCCGUGAUUCAGAGGACUUUGAGAGAACAUUGCAGGUAGCAGGAGUGACGUUCAGUCGACGAACCAGCUGGAACUACCCACAGACAUGAUGGCCGGAUACUGGACCGUGUGGGCAGCUGCUUUGUUAAUCGGUAUGGCCACUGGUCAGAGAAUCACUUUGACACAAUGUAAUACUAUGUAUGAAUGCGACUUCUACCAGGACUUGUGGAUCGAGAAAGGCAUAAGACGACGUGUCAAUGCGACCAGUCUGGUGGAGUGUUUGUUGUUCUGCCACCGAUUCAGUGUCAGUAACUUCUUCUUCAACCAGGCCACCCAGGACUGUAUCUGCCCCCUGGGUGAACCUGUAGGAUUGUAUUUCGCACCUGGUUAUACGUACCACGGAAGACCAGGUCUGAUUUACAAGUGGGUGACAGAGGCGAUCAACGCUUCUUCACAAGACAAUGGUGAAGUCGGUGACUCAGUCUGUGAGUCCACUCUUGGGAUAGAUACUUUCCUCUACUUUGCUAUGGUUGAAAUCUGGCCCGACAUCUCUACCUUCACGAAGGACAUCUGGUUUCGGGACUCCAACAGGAACUGGAUGACGAGGGCAGACCGAGAGCUAGGUGCUGUCCUGGAGCCGCUAAGAGGCUCGGACAGUGGUCUGCGGACCGGGGCUGCGACCUGA